AAACCCAAUUAUAUAUAUUGCUUAAAGUUCCCUACACAACACAAAUUCACACAAACCUUACAACAAUAAUUAUAGUACCAUACACAGAUUUCAUUAUGAUGGUGGAAGUUGAUACAAAUACACUUCCUCUUUUUUUUACCCUUGCAGCUGCAUUAUUUGCAUACUUAUUAUGGUUCCAUUUACUUGCUCGAACCCUAACCGGUCCAAAAGUUUUUCCAUUUUUCGGCAGCCUCCCGGUUCUCUUCAUGAACCGGAACCGGGUUCACGAUUGGAUGACCUCAAACCUAAACCGAACCGGCGGUUCAAAUACUUACCAAACAUGCAUCCUUCCUUUCCCAUUCUUAGCCCGUAAACAAGGCUUCUACACAGUCACAAGUCACCCAAAAAACAUUGAACAUAUCCUCCGAACCCGGUUCGAUAAUUACCCAAAAGGACCAACAUGGCAAACCGCUUUCCAUGAUCUUUUAGGACACGGAAUCUUCAACAGCGAUGGUGACACGUGGCUGGUUCAACGUAAAACCGCUGCACUCGAAUUCACAACUCGAACCCUUCGUCAAGCCAUGGCUCGUUGGGUGAACCGAACCAUAAAAAACCGGUUAUGGUGCAUUUUAGACAAAGCGGUAAAAGAAAAAGUUACCGUUGAUUUACAAGACCUUCUUUUACGGUUAACUUUUGAUAACAUUUGUGGACUCACUUUUGGAAAAGAUCCGGAGACUCUUUCUCCGGAUCUUCCAGAUAACCCCUUUUCUCUUUCUUUCGAUUACGCCACUGAAGCUACAUUGCAAAGACUACUUUACCCCGGAUUCUUUUGGAGGAUCCAGAAGCUUCUAGAUUUUGGUGCUGAGAAAAAAUUGAGAGAGAGUUUAAGUAUUGUUGAAAAUUAUAUGAAUGACGCUGUUUCAGCUCGCGAGAAAUCCCCAUCCGAUGAUCUUUUAUCGCGCUUUUUGAAGAAGCGCGACGGCAAUGGAAAACCGUUUGACGCCGGGAAACUGAGACACAUUGCAUUGAAUUUUGUUCUAGCAGGGAGAGAUACUUCAUCAGUGGCAUUGAGCUGGUUUUUCUGGCUUGUCAUGAAUCAUCCUAGCGUGGAGGAGAAGAUUCUAGCAGAGUUAACGGCGGUUUUGGCUGAAACUCGCGGUGGUGAUUCUCGCCGGUGGACGGAGGAAGCCGUGGAUUUUGAGGAAGCAGAGAAGCUUGUUUAUCUAAAAGCUGCAUUGGCUGAGACACUAAGACUAUAUCCUUCGGUGCCGGAGGAUUUCAAAUAUGCGGUCGACGACGAUGUUUUACCAGACGGAACGGUGGUUCCGGCGGGUUCAACGGUGACAUAUUCGAUAUAUUCAGUUGGAAGAAUGAAGAGUGUAUGGGGUGAAGAUUGCAUGGAAUUUAAACCGGACCGGUGGUUAUCGGUUCAUGAAGGUCAAACCCGGUUUGAACCACCAAAAGAUGGUUAUAAGUUUGUGGCUUUUAAUGCUGGACCGAGGACUUGUUUAGGGAAGGAUUUGGCUUACCUUCAAAUGAAAUCUGUUGCUGCUGCUGUUUUGAUUCGUUACCGGCUUUUACCGGUUCCCGGUCAUAAGGUUCAACAAAAAAUGUCUCUUACACUCUUUAUGAAGUAUGGGUUACGUGUGUUCUUGUGUCCACGUCAGCUUCAGCAACCCAACUCUGCAUAGGAGAGGAAUUUCUAUUUCCCGGUCAUCGUACUCGCAUUUACCGAUUUAGAGAUAUCGAUGGUUUUCAGAUCAAGAUCGAAAAACUAUCGAUAUUUUUAAUGCGUAAUUGUGGAAAAUGUCUAUGGCUGAUCACUCAUAUGCUGUACAAAGGGUAGUGUGAUCAUUUCACCACUAUAACCAAUGUUAAUUUGUUUGUGUUUCCUUGUUGUUAUUAAAUUAUUAUUUACUGUUGUUUUGGGGAGGGUGAGUUUGUUUACUGGUUGAGUCAAGGGUGGGUCAAAAUUUAGUUUACAGUUUGUUUGUUGAACUAAAGUGUACUUUGUUGUUUAUGUUACAUACGAGGUCCAGUUCAUAGGACUUUCAUAUUCAUGUUGUUGUUCAUCAAUAAUACAUUCAUCACACAAAUUUAUAGUUAUA